GCUAAUGGGGAUAAGUGGUAAACUCCCUGUAUCGAAUAAAAUUCGUACAAAAGUCAUAGCAAUUAAUGGAUCCUACCGUUUCAGCUCCAAUUUCUACGUCAUACCGGAACUCAGUGCGCAACCCUAUCGCACAAUCAAGCAGGACGAACUGAGCCUCCCACCUGGCAAGCGACUCGCCGAUGAAAACUUCAGUCAUACAGGGCCAGUUGAUGCGAUAUUAGGGGCCGGAAUAUGCUAUGACUCGCUCGGUGCAGGACUUCAUCGCUUACCUAAUGGACUCACUUUACAAAACACCAAAUUCGGUUGGAUAGUUGGAGGGUUGCUAUGCAAUAUGACCUCCACUAAUCUCCACUCGCGGAGUUGUCAUAAGGCGACCUAUAUUGACGACCUGGAAGUGAGCCUUGAGCGAUUUUGGAAGGUGGAAGAACUGCCACCUGACGUCCCAGACCGGUUAGCUUUACAAGACCAUGAGCUCGAGGAACAUUUCAGAGCUCACACGAAGAUUGCUGAGGAUGGUCGAUACGUCGUCCGGAUUCCCCCUACGGGGGGAGUUGACGCAACUGGGAGACUCCAUCGAACAGGCUCAACGACGAUUAUUAUCACUCGAGCGGAAGCUGUCUCGGCAUGAAGACACUUAUGAGGAGUACCGAAAGUUCAUGCGCGAAUAUCUUGAGCUAAGACACAUGACCCCUGUACCGGCAGACGAACUACAUAAGGUUCGAUACGUAAUCCCACAUUCGUGUGUGAUAAAACCAGAUUCUACAACCACGAAGCUGCGAGUAGUCUUCGACGCGAGUGCGAAGUCCACCACUGGAAUUUCGCUUAACGACCUACAAGCCAUCGGGCCAGUGAUACAACCGGAUCUCCUUCACUUAUGGUUGCAUUUUCGGACGCAAACAGUGGUGGUUACAGCGGACAUUGCGAAGAUGUAUCGCCAAAUCUGGGUAGCUGACUCGGACACCUGGAUGCAGUGCAUAUUAUGGCGCGAAGAUGCAAGAGAUACCGCUCAAAUGUAUAGGCUCCGUACCGUCACUUACGGCGAGGCCUCCUCGUCGUAUCUUGCGUGUAGAGCGUUAUAUGAGGCGGGCGAGGAAGUGCGUUCAUCCAAUCCGGAAAUCGCUGACGCCAUUCAGCGCUCAUUCUACGUGGAUAACCUGUCCUUGGGUGCUGCGACUCCGGACGAAUUACGUGUGCUUAGCUGCGGGAUUGAACGGGCACUUAUGAAUAGAGGAAUGCCCUUACGGAAAUGGGCAUCCAAUGUCCCUGCAGUAGUACAUGAUGUGCCAGAAGAACACCUUGACUCUCCGGUGCAAAUCGGCGACAGACAGGCUAUCAAAAUGCUGGGUCUAGCGUGGUGUCCUUCAGAAGACACAUUCCAGCUUAUCAUUGACAAUGAUUGCCACCUGCCCGUAAACUCCAUGACCAAACGAUGCUUAGUGGCAAAAAUUGCCAAACUUUACGAUCCAGUUGGAAUCCUGCAACCCGUGAUCAUCACCGCAAAAAUCCUCAUGCAAAAUCUAUGGCGCGACAAUCUUACAUGGGACGAAACUGUACCACCUCAUGCCCUUGCUAAGUGGAACGAGUUUGCGGCUCAACUACCAGUCCUUCGGCAGCUACACAUCCCAAGAAUGGCGCUGCCAAGUGAAGCAGAAAAUAGUACCAUCUAUGGUUUUUGUGAUGCCUCAACAAAAGCAUAUGGGUGUGCAAUAUACGUUCGCUACUUGGAUGGUAAUGGAGAAAGACGAUCGCGACUCCUAUGUGCCAAGUCAAGAGUUGCACCGCUGAAGGAACUGACUUUGCCCAGACUAGAACUACAAGCAGCACUCUUGCUAGCUGAACUCUACGUGAAAAUAAGGGACGUAUUCGGCACCCGAGUCCAACAAACUAGAUGGUGGACUGACUCGCAAGUCGUAUUAGCCUGGAUACGUUCCGAUAAUUCGAAAUUAGACGUCUUCGUAAAAAAUCGAGUAUCCAAGAUAUGCGCUGCGACCAAUGCAUGUGAUUGGCACUAUGUGCCAACAAAGCUAAACCCGGCAGACAUCGUAUCCAGGGGACUUCCAGCUAGCAAAUUGAUUCCUGCCCACAAACCAAUGAUGGUUACGAGACCAUAUCAGAAGAGGUUGCAGCCCCACCACAAGCUUUAGCGGCAACCGUAGGCCCCGCUUGUGAAGAUUUGAUAGCUCAAUAUAAGUACCACAAUUCCUUCAUUAAGACGAGGCGACAUUUCGCAUGGCUUAGCAGAAUCAUCCACAACUUCAAAGUUAAUUCUGCCAGGCUCCGUGUGACCUCUUCUACGGUGGAAAGAAAAACCGGUCCCUUGCUGCUGGACGAAUUGGAAUCCGGACUUCAAUUGUUGCUACGGGUAAUGCAGGCCACAGCAUUCCCCAAUGAGGUACGAGAAAUGCACGAAUCUGGACAGGUUAGCUCAAAAGGUCCUCUUCAGCACCUUAACCCGAUCGUUCGAGACAACCUGAUACGCGUGAAGGGACGAUUGGAGAACGCAGAAAUGACGGAUGAUGCGAGAGUGCCGAUCUUAGUGCCGAAAUCACAUCCCUUUUCUCGCACUAUUGUACGGUACCUUCAUGAAUACAAUCACCACGCCGGUACGGACCUAGUUAUGGCAGAAUUUCGGGCAAGGUUCUGGAUGCGAGAUCUUCGACGCACAGUUAUCGGUGUGACAUCGCGAUGUAUCGUAUGUAUACGAGCCAGACCUAAACAAUUCGUGCAGCAAAUGGGCCAAUUGCCUGCUGCCCGGGUAACUGUGUCACCCGCUUUCACCCACACGGGGGUGGACUUAUGUGGACCUUUCUACGUCAUCCCUCACACCAGAUCGACACGGCGGAUAGAAGUCUACGCGUGCAUAUUCGUCUGCUUUGCUACCAAGGCAAUUCAUCUGGAAGUGGUGGAAAACCUGUCAACGUCUGCUUUCAUCUCAGCACUGAUUCGUUUCGUGUCCCUUCGUGGCAGACCAGACACGAUAUAUUCAGAUAACGGCCGAAACUUCGUUGGAGCAGCCAAAGAGUUGCGCCUGCUACGUGAAGCCUACAACAACCGCGCCUUCCAGGACGAGAUAGUGAAUCUAGCUGCCGAAAAGGGGAUACGGUUCUCCUUCAUUCCGCCGCGGAGCCCGAAUUUCGGCGGCCUUUGGGAGGCCAACAUUAAAGUGGCCAAACGCCUUUUCAAGGCUGCAGCGAGGGGCGCCCAUCUCAAAUUGGUUGAGUUGCAAACGUUACUCUAUCAAAUUUCAUCAAUUCUCAAUUCCAGGCCAC